AUGCGUGUAGCUGUAAUUGGGGCUGGUGUGAUUGGACUGUCCACAGCCCUCUGCAUCUAUGAUCGGUACCACUUGACAGUUCAACCAUUGGAGAUUGAGGUGUAUGCUGACCAGUUUACACCUCACACCACCAGUGAUGGGGCAGCUGGACUCUGGCAGCCGUACAUUUACGAAAAGGGAAACACCCGGGAAACGCUCUGGAGCAAAGAGACUUUUGAUUACAUGUUGGAGCACAUGAAUGCCCCAGAAGCUCAAGAAAUGGGCCUUUUCCUGCUCUCUGGAUACAAUCUCGUCACCCAGCCUGUUCCAGAUCCAUCAUGGAAAGACAUUGUAUUGGGAUUUAGGAACUUAACACAGAAAGAGCUUGAGCUGUUCCCUGGCUACAGUUAUGGCUGGUAUAACACAGCCCCGAUGCUAGAGGGCAGGACCUACCUACCCUGGCUUACAAACAGGUUAAAGAUGCGGGGAGUCAAAUUCUUUCAUCGGAAAAUCAACUCUUUCCAAGAGUUGAUGACUCAAGGUGUGGAUGUCAUAAUCAACUGUACCGGGGUUCGCGCUGGGGAGCUACAGCCAGACCCUGAGUUGCACCCCGGACGGGGGCAAGUCAUAAAGGCGGAGGCUCCUUGGGUGAAGCAUUUCAUCAUAACCCAUGACUUUGAGUCCGGCAUCUAUAACACACCUUACAUCGUACCUGGGAGCAGGCUUGUGACCCUGGGAGGGACUUUCCAGCUGGGAAACUGGAACAUAGAGAACAACGUCCGGGACCACCAGAACAUCUGGCAAGGCUGCUGCCAGCUGCUGCCGAGCAUCCAGAAGGCCAAGAUUGUGGAUAAAUGGACUGGCCUCCGUCCAGCCCGGUCUAAAGUUCGGCUACAGCGUGAAGUUAUACGCCACGGACAUUUAGAAGCAGAGGUGAUUCAUAACUACGGCCACGGGGGCUUUGGGAUCACCAUCCACUGGGGUUGCGCAAUGGAGGCAGCCAGAUUAUUUGGGGGGAUCCUCGAAGACCGGAAGCUGUCCAAACCACCCCGUGCCAACCUCUGACC